AUGUGGCUGCCCGUGCUGCUGGGCGCCUUCCUCUGGGCAGCGCUGUGGCUGCGCAGAGACCGGCAGCGCCUGCCGCCCAGCGAUGCCUUCGUCUUCAUCACCGGCUGCGACUCCGGCUUCGGGCGGCUCCUGGCGCUGAGGCUGGACCAGAGGGGCUUCCGAGUCCUGGCCAGCUGCCUGACGCCCUCGGGGGCAGAGGACCUGCAGCGGGCCGCCUCCUCCCGCCUCCACACCACCCUGCUGGACGUCACCGACCCCCCGAGUGUCCAGCGGGCGGCCACAUGGGUGGAAGCGUGUGUUGGGGACACAGGUCUCUUUGGUCUGGUGAAUAACGCCGGGGUGGCCGGCAUCAUCGGGCCCACGCCGUGGCUGACCAGGGAGGACUUCCGGCGGGUGCUGACUGUGAACACACUAGGCCCCAUCGGCGUCACCCUGGCCCUGCUGCCUGUGCUGCAGCGGGCCCGGGGCCGGGUGGUCAACAUCACCAGCGUCCUGGGGCGCCUGGCAGCCAACGGUGGGGGCUACUGUGUCUCCAAGUUUGGCCUGGAGGCCUUUUCAGACAGUCUGAGGAGGGACGUGGCUCCUUUUGGAGUCCGAGUCUCCGUCGUGGAGCCUGGCUUCUUCCGAACGCCCGUGACAAAUCCGGAGAGUUUGGAGAGCGCCCUGCGGGCCUGCUGGGCACGGCUGCCUCCAGCCACACAGGCCCACUACGGGGAUGCCUUCCUGACUCAGUACCUGGAAGUGCAGCAGCGCGUCAUGAGCCUGAUCUGUGACCCGGACCUGACCAAGGUGAGCAGGUGCCUGGAGCAUGCCCUGACUGCUCGUCACCCCAGGACCCGCUACAGCCCAGGCUGGGACGCCAAGCUGCUCUGGCUGCCAGCCUCCUACCUGCCCGCCAGCCUGGUGGACGCUGUGCUCACCUGGGUCCUUCCCAAGCCCGCCCAGGCAGUCUAG